AUGAGAAGCCGAGACUUCAUUCUUGCUCUGGUGCGUGAAAACCUGCAAGAAGCUCAAGUAAGGAUGAAAUACUAUAUUGAUAAAAAGAGAACACAGAGGGAAUACAGUGUUGGGGACUGGGUUUAUCUCCGACUACAACUGUAUCGACAAAUGUCGAUUGCAGUAAGGAGGAACUUGAAGCUAUCACCCAUAUAUUUCAGGACCUUCCAGAUUAUACAAAGGAUUGAGAAGGUAGCUUACAAGCUCAAUCUGCCCGAAAAAUCCAAGAUCUACCCAGUAUUUCAUAUCUCUUGCCUAAAAAAGAAACUAGGAGCCAAGGUAAACCGUACCCCUAAGUUACCUUCGAUUAUGGAGGAUGAUACUUUGGCCCCCGAACCAGAGAAGGUACUCGAAAGAAGAUUAAAGAGGAAGGGAAACAGAGUGGGAGCAGAACUCUUCAAAGAUGGAACAGAACAUAUUUAA